CAAUGAUAUUGUCAUGCACUCUGGGCAGGGCAAGGCGCCUGAUCAAGGGGAAAGGGUGUUUAGAUGCAAUCCGCUGGACCCUCACACCAUUCAUGCUGACUGAUUGUAUCUGAUUGACAUUGUAAUAUGGAAGCCCGGUCUUUGUCACGCUGCAAGCUUCGUUACUUUAAUGGCGCCUUCGCAGGUUGCGAAUCCCAGGCGAGGGAGCAGCGGGCGAGGGGGGCUUCAUUUUACCUUGCUGUCUGGGGCUUGCUUUCGCCGAGGAACCCUGCAAGCCACCACCACUCCUCACUUUCCUUCGUUGAAAGAUCUGGUGGGGAGGUAUCUGCACAUGGCUUGCAAUGCUGCCAGGCAGUACGGAGCCCGGAGUGUCGCAGUUCCAAUUCAUAUGAGUUAUCUAGUAGUUUCACUACUCUCAGUGCACAAGGCAGUCACUCCACCGCGCUAGAGUCUGAGACUGCGCCGGCCGAUGAUGGCGGAGAGGGGCGCCACACGCUUGAAGCCUCCGGAGUGCACAUCCCUGUGGAGGGCGAGCCUGCAGAGAGCCUGCCCUUUGGCUUCCAGCAGGCUCUGCAAGCGGUCCCCUCAUUCGGCCCCGUCAAGUACGAUGGUUGUGAUGGAGCCGAAAUCCUGCCCAUCAUGCCGCUGGGCGCCGUCAAGUUCCCCACUGACGACGUGGCGCUGCAGCUCUUUGAGCCCCGCUACAGGGCCAUGUUCAAGCUGGUGAACCAGACGCCGCGCAAGCGGCUCGGCAUUGUGUUGGGGGACCGCUUGAACGCCACCAUGGAAUCGGUGGGGUGCGUGUGUGAGAUCCGGCAGUACGUGCCCCUUGCGGCGAGGCGCAGGAUCCUGGUGGACGCGCAGGCGACGGGGCGCUUCCGCGUGCACAAGAUCCUGCUGGACAAGCCCUUCGUCACGGCGGUCGUUGAGGAGGUGGCCGACUCUUCCCCGGCGUCCGUCGCGGAGGAGGCGACUCUGGCGACGCUCGAGAUGCGGGUGGCCCAGUGCAUGCAGGACGUGCACGCGCUGGCGGUGAAGCUGUACGGACACCUGGGCAGCCUCUCGGGCAACGACCUGUACAACACAGAGGCUUGGAGGUGGUCGGCCGGCAGUCAACAAGAGGGCGCUUGCACUGACGGCAUCCAGCGGAGAGAGCGGUUCUCCUUUGCGCUAGCUCGCACACUAGACGAUCUGAGCCUUGAGGAACAACAACAGCUUUUAGAGAGUCAGUCAACGGCUGACCGUCUACGACGAAUCGAAACCGCUUUGUUAGAAGGGAGGCAGUAUCUGGCUGCUAGGUCGACUCUCCGGGAUGCAUUUUCGUGACGUGGCAACGUCUGGCUGCUUAUUUUCAGUCUGGUCACUCCGUCAACUUCUCCCAAGCAGCCUGGCUGAACGGAAAGCCGCAGCGUCAAUCAGUGUCAAACCAAUUAUCAAAUUUAUGACAUGAUUUGGAUACAUGUACAUACAAUGAAUGUGCGGGCUGGAG